AUGCUCUUCAUUGGCCUUACGGGCUCCAUCGCCACGGGCAAAUCGACCGUGUCCUCGAUUCUCUCCCAACCCCCUUACUCUAUCCCUAUCAUCGAUGCCGACCUCCUCGCUCGUGAGGUCGUCGAGCCUGGCACGAGCGGCUACGCCGCCAUCGUUUCGCACUUUGCCUCUUCGACAUCAGAUCUUCUCGUCCCAGCAUCAGAGACCAUGCCGGCGCGUGGACCAGACGGCAAGGGCCGUCCCCUUAAUCGACCAGCCCUCGGCCGCCGCGUCUUCGGCGACACCCCUGAGCGGCGCGCCGACCGCGCCGUGCUCAACGGAAUCGUCCACCCCGCUGUGCGAUGGGCCAUGUACCGCGCCAUUCUGCGCUGCUACCUGCGCGGGAACUGGGCCGUCGUGCUCGACGUGCCGCUGCUCUUCGAGGCGGGAAUGGACCGCAUGUGCGGCAUCGUCACUGUCGUGGCAGUGCGCGACCCGGAGGUCCAGAUGGCGAGACUGAGGGCGCGAGACGCGCAUCUGAGCGGGGAGGACGCGAGGAACAGAGUCAUCAGCCAGGGUGACGUCCGGGAGAAGGCGAGGCGGUGCGAGGCGAGGGGCGAGGGGAAGGGGCUGGUACUCUGGAAUGACGGGUCAAGGGAGGAGCUGGAGAAGCAGAUCGGCGAAGCCAUCAAGGGGAUCAAGGCCAAGUCACCCGGGUGGUGGAACUUACUGCUUCUCGGGGCGCCACCCCUGGCGAUCCUGGUCGGGUUGUUCAGGUACUGGCAGAAUGGGCGUAUCAACAAGCAGUGGCAUGAGCAGGAGCUGGCAGAAAGGGCAAAGCUGUGA